AAUAAACAUGAAAUGUGCCAUAUGUCAACUAAAUAAGAAAUAAAUAUUGAAAAAUGAUCAAAAUACAGCAUGUCAUCGAACCAUAGUGAUAAAAUGUGAAAGGUUUGGAUAUUUCUCACAUUUUUAUAUUGAAGACAGCGUUGAAAAAACCUGUAAAAUAUGUUAACCAGCAGCAAUAAAUACCAGUAGUAAUAAAUACAGCAAGGAAGAUGGCAUCAGAACGAAGUGGUGGGGAAAGAACUGAGUUUCAGACCGCGGAAGAACAACAUGAGCUUCUUAAACAUAGAAAAUACCUCAGCAUUGUCAACUGCAUGCCAAAACGAUAUGUUGUUGGAAUAAUGGCCUUCUUUGGAUUCUGCAAUAUCUAUGCUCUACGAGUGAAUCUCAGCGUCGCGAUUGUGGCCAUGACAGAGAAUCAAACCAAACACAUCGGAGGAAAUAAAACUGUGACCAUAUACCCAGACUUUACGUAUGACGCUCACACAAAGGGAAUUAUCCUGGGGUCUUUUUUCUAUGGAUACAUUUUGACACAGAUACCGGGAGGUUACCUGGCAACACGCCUGGGCGGGAAGUACCUUUUUGGAGGAGGUGUAUUUCUUACCGCCCUUUUCACUCUGAUAACACCAUUGUGUGCACGCUGGAGUGUCUAUCUGCUUGUGGCUGUCCGAGUCUUAGAGGGAUUGUUUGAGGGUGUGACCUAUCCAUCCAUUCAUGCCAUCUGGUCAAAGUGGGCCCCACCUCAGGAGAAAACUAAGCUGGCUACUCUUGCGUUUUCUGGUUCGUACAUCGGGACAGUAAUCUCCCUUCCCAUGUCUGCUGCCCUCGCCCAGACCUCGGCUGGCUGGCCCAGUAUUUUCUACGUUUUUGGUAGUAUAGCGGUGCUUUGGUUCUUCAUGUGGUGCUACCUUGUGGCAGAGAGUCCUGCUAAACAUCCAACCAUCUCUAAUGCCGAGCUUGAGUAUAUUCAGGGAAAUAUUGGCUACACUGACGAACAAGUACAGGAUGUUAGUCCACCCUGGCGCAGCAUUCUGACAAGUCUGCCGGUGUGGGCGAUUGUUGCAGCUCACUUUGCAGAGAACUGGGGAUUCUACACUUGGCUUACUGAGCUGCCCACAUUCAUGAAUAAUGUCCUGCAUUUUAACAUGUAUCAGGCUGGUUUCCUGGCCGCUUUACCAUACCUAGUUAUGGCGUUUGUGGUGCAGGGUAGCGGACAUCUUGGUGACUUCCUACGAGGGCGGGUCCAAGUCUCCACUGAGGCUGUGAGGAAAAUCUUCACUUGUGGAGCGUUUGCCUUCCAAGUGGUGUUCAUGAUAGCGGCUGGAUAUUCCACAUCUCGUACAUCAUGUAUGGUAUGUCUAACCAUUGCUGUUGGCAUCGGAGGGUUCGCGUGGGGAGGCUUCAGUGUCAACCAUCUCGACAUUGCGCCACAGUUUGCCAGUAUUCUGAUGGGGCUGUCCAACACAUUUGCCACUCUCCCGGGCAUCAUCAGUCCCUAUCUCACCGGAGUGAUUGUCACAACUAAGGGGGACCCAGGCCAAUGGCAGAUUGUGUUUUACUUGGCGGCCAUUAUUUACAUAUUUGGUGCCAUAGUUUAUGGCCUCCUGGCGUCAGGUGUGCGACAAAAGUGGGCAGAGGUGAUGACGGGGUACCUUCCGCAUCACGAGGUCAUCAUCACAACAAUGCCGGAAACCCAUCAGGAAUGAUGUUGGCUUGGACUAGGAUAAUUAAUUUUAUAAUAAUUGUAAUUUUACCCAUGUAUUUACGUUGCGCAAGGCUUAUUACUCUGCAGAGAAAAACUAACAUUCAUUGAGCAUGAAUCAGACUGUACGUGUUAUGACAUCAUUGUUAAUUUCCUUGUUGAAUCUGAUUGGUCACACGGAAAUAGUAAUCAGUUCUUAAAUGAACUUCAUUAUGCUUGAAUACUGUCGGAGUGUCCCUGGCGGUGAAGCUAGGCUCAAUUUAGAGAUUUUAUUUCAACAAUAUGAUAGCGACGUAUGACUCACAGACAUUGGGGCUAUGUUAUCAACAAGCAGAUGAAAAGUAUCGUUAAGAUCACAAUUUUCAAUUUAAUACUAAGCAGUGGUCAGAAAUAGAAUGAAAAAUUUGAAUAUGCUUAGAGAAUUAUUUCCAAUCAGACUAAUUUUACAAAUAGAUCUCAGAUUUAAUAAAAAUAUAAAAAAAAAUGAUCGUCCAAAAGAUGACCCAUGAAGUAUUGUUCUUGUUAAAAUUUUCAGUUAAAAAUUGAUGUUUUAUCAAGCUCAAAAGCAACACUCCCAACACAUUAGCUGGACAUAAUUAUUUAGGCUAACAAAUCUAUUAAUAAUGAAGCCCUAGGAUUUUGCCUUUCUGGCAUGUUUUAAAAAAUAUGUUUGAUUGUGACAUUUUUAUUAAUUAAACUUAAAAAAAAAACAAUAAUGUUAUCAAAAGGCAUAAUAUUUUACAUUAAUGGUACUUAUGCGAUAUUGUUAAGUUAAGCAAAAUAGUUAUCAACAUUUUAUAACAAUACCAACAUGCAUUGAAAUAACUCUAUUAAACAACAUCCAAUUAUGAUAAAUUUAGAUAAUCAUUUUAAUUUACAUACAUUAGGUACAUGUUUCCAAGUCCUGUGUCAGUAUUAAUCUUAUUCUUAUGCUUACUGACAUGCUUCAGUGAGUCUAAUCAGCCUAUUGGUCAGCUAAAUAUACCGACUAAUCAAAACACUUGGAUUCUAAUCAUAAACCCACAACAUAAUGUUUUACAUAAAAAUGUCUGUAUACAAAUUAUUAUGUGCUUUAUAUUUUUAAAUGUUGUAAUUUAUCAUUAAACUGCUGUGCUGUGAAUGUGCUGUGAAUGACACAUUAGCCAAUAGAAAACACAUCUACGCCAUGACACCGUGCAAUAGUAUAUAGCUCUACUUCAACUCUACAGCUUUCUAUUUGUAUAAUUAUAUAGCGAACUAAAAUAUUUCUAAUAGACUAAUACUAUAUCAUUCAUUAAUCGACCGAUAUACAAAAAACUAUAAAAAAAUAUUGAUCCACUGGCACUCUAGUUAAAGGUACAAAGUCUAGGUAGAUGCACGUAGAAAACAUGUUACUUUUAAUUAGGGAUGCAAACGAAUGGCAAAAUUGAUAUUCGAAUAUUCUGUAAUUGUUUCGAUCGAAAAUUUGAAUACCAAAAUGAACCUUUUAGAAUUGCAGUAAACUAUCAUUAACUGUAGUAACUAAGUCAGGGCCCUUUUACCCUUCUUUGUCGUAUGGUUUACACGCGACGGACACUUAUUGUUCCACAAAUUAGCCUCUGAAUUUCCCAAUUUUCAGAAUAUAUCCCAAGAAAAAGGAUACAUCUUUAACAAAAAAGUCGAAUUAUUUCAAUUCCUGUGGAACAAUGCAAAAUAAGAUCCGGGAAUUACGUAUUUUCCCGCUCAAGUUAAAUGACGAUAUGCGCCAACAUGUGACUUGCAGCCUCGUUCUGGUAUUAAUGUUUACGAAAAUAUUUAAAGAAAAUGACACCAUGGCCAAAUGUUGAUUUUGACUUAUGUAGUGUCAUCAAGUUCACACCUCUGGCAUUAAGGGCCAAUCGUUGUAAAAACAAUUUAAUAAUUCAACAAAAGCAUCAAAUAUUGGAAUACCGAUUUUAACAUUCGAAUACCAAACGUUCAUUCGAAUAUUCGAAUAUUUCGAAUUCAGGAACUUUGGUAUGACAAAAACUUCAACCACUGAAUAUUUCAUUACCCCACUGCAUAUUUGCAUACAGUGAGAUACACGCCUGUCAUUCAACUAUAUACUUGAAAAAUGAAUAUAAAGAAUUAGAACCUACUUUAAAAUAUAGAGCAUAAUUAUUAUUUACCAAAGUUGCUUUUGCAUUUAUUUACAUUUACAAAAAAAUCAGUACAUGUACUUUACUGUACACUGCAAGUCUGUAACUGUUAUUUCUACAUGUUUCGUAUCAUGUACCUUAUUAAGUGCAUGAAUUUUCCCAGUGACUGACAUCAUUUGUAUACAUUCAUAUAAUUGUAUAUUCUUUUAAACAGAAUGUUAUAUUUAAUCAAACUCUCUUGACAACGUGUUCAUUAAUUGUAUUUUCAGACCAAAUCUAAGUCUGUUUUUCCACUAGUCUAUUGUGUUCAAACAUUUUUGGGCACAUUAUAAUAUGUUAAAUUAUUAUUAUAUAACUAAUUACAUGUUGUGAUUUCUGUUUGGUGCCAGCAAAUGAAAUAUUUUUGAACUUUGAAUAAGUACACUUAUUUUAACUUGCUAAUAAUUGUUUAUAUUGUUAUAAAUUAAAGCAUAAUUUUAUGCCGGUAAAGUUACGAGCAGAUUAUUAAAGAAAACUGUUAGUACAAUAUUUUUAGUAAAAUGCUGUUUAUGCCAAUAAAAAGUGUAACGCCUGGAAAUUUACAAUUCUAAGCCUUACGAUCGAUCUUAUAGUUUUUAUUACGAGCUUUUAUAGAUAUUGUUUUAGGUCCCUUUAAUGACUAAAAAUUCACAGACAAGCUUAGGACUGUUGGCACAGCAGCUCUCUUGUUAUAUAGUACACUGUCAAAUUUCCAGUUGAUUUUACUGGUUCAAGAUGCAAAAAAUAAGAAUACAAUUAAUAGAAGUCAUAACGUUGAGCACCCCCCAUUAGAAAAUUGAACACUGAAAGAUAAAUGUUUGUCUAUAUUUCAAGCAAAACAACUAGAUCAGAACAUACGAUUUCUAGAAUAGAAAAUUUCGGCAUUUAAGUUUGCUUCAAAUCUUAAAGCUGCACUUUCACAGAUGGACCAUUUUUUUUAUUUUUAGUCUUGAAAUGAGCCAGUUUUUGUGUAAAUGUCUUAGAACCAGUGAUAUAAGACUGCUGACAAAAGAUUGGAUCACAGUUUUUCAUAUUUAUGUUUAAAAAUUGAGGUUUAAUGCCGAAAAACUCACUUUUCUUAAAGCGUUAGUAAUACUUUUAGCCAUAAAAUUUUCAAAUGUAAAUAUGAAAAUUUGCGAUUUAACCUUUUCUCAGCAGUCUUUUUUCACUGGUGUGAAGAUAUUUAUGCAAAAUUGGCUCAUUUUAAGAUAAAAACAAUUAUUUUUUGUCAAAACGGACAAUCUUUGAGAGUGUAGCUUUAAGUAAGGGAUCUCAUUUAAAUCAAUUUCCCAGUAAUCACUUUUCGACAUUACCCAGCAUAGUGAAAUGAAGCGAACGUCUUGAAUUUGAUUUUAAUGAGAUUGUGUAUUGUUUGAAUGCAAAGCAUACUUCACCAUGUUCAUAAUUUUAUAUAUUAACCUAAAUGGUUGUCUACAUACAUAAUUAUAUACCUAGAUUUUGAUUUGAUAAAUUCCAAUAAAAUGAAGUAUUAUGCUUGUAAUGACAUUGAACCUUUACAUAUUAACUGUACAUGUACAUUGCUGUGUUGUGAAGAUGAUAUAUAUAUAUAUACUGAAGCCUAAUUUGUUAAGAUGAUAUAUAUAUAUACUGAAGCCUAAUUUGUUAAGAUGAUAUAUAUAUAUACUGAAGCCUAAUUUGUUAAGAUGAUAUAUAUAUAUACUGAAGCCUAAUUUGUUAAGAUGAUUAUUAUUCACUCGCACCUCACUUACUGACCAAAUUUAUUUUCGCCCAGAGCCCUCGCAGCUGCCAGCCAAUCAAAACACAAAACAUUCUCAUGGUAACCAUGCUAAAUAUAUUUUGUAUACGUAUCUUGCAUAUCCAAGCAAAUAAUCUAAACAAUGGGUCUGAUUAAUUUGUUCUAUUAUUACUACAAUGAAUCAUACUCGUUAGCGACCUACAAAGCUGAUGAAUUUAAUAAACAUAUUCCUAGCUGCGGCACAAUAUAUAUAUAUAAACUGAAGCCUAAUUUAUUCGUAAUUAAUUUAAUGUUUUAUGGUAUAAAGGUCUCCAUUGUACAAGUAUCUGUAUAUUUGGAUGUGCAAUGACUCCAUAUUAUUUUGGCACCAUUUGAAAUAUUUUUUAUGUGUAGACAAAGAAUACAAAUUAUACCGAAAAUAAUAUAAGAAUCACACUUUUUUGGCCUUGGAAGAUUACAAUAUAGGUCAUUUCAUUCCCGAUUUCAGUGGAAAAAUGAUUAAAUCCAAAAUUGCAAUUACGUUAUCUUCAAGUUUUGGUCGUUUAUUUUACAUUUUGGUAAUGGCAAAAUUAUAUGUGGUCACCAGGCAUAAUGAAUUUCACAUUAUUCCCAUUGGCAUGAUAGUCCGAUCGAACAUUUGAUACUUGUAUUGAAUUUGACAAACUCUAUCUUACUUAUUGAAUCUGGUUAUUUUAUUCUUGUUACUGUUUCAAAUAUUCUACAUUGUUUUUCAUUGUUAAUUUUAAUGCUGUUACUGUUGUCUGGUAAAUGUGAAUAAAAAAUGGAACUU